AUGGGUGAAAAGAUGAAUCAAUUUCAGUUAUUUCCACCUUCAUCGUCCGAGGUAAAGAGGUCUAACAAUCCAUUUCGCAAAGCCGGGAAAAAACCAGUAGCCACAUCUGAGCCAGCCUCUUCAAUCCCUCUGGAGGAGAUCAAGGAUCCUGGCAAGACUGAGUCCUUGCUACUUCAGAUUAUCGAAGACACCCAGGGUAUUCCACCUCCACCGACCGAGGAUGCUUCAAGAUCUAAAUCCCCACCAGCUGUGGCUGGCGCGUCUCAUAAUACGAGAUCUCCUCAGUCCACGCACAGUCAGAAUCGUCUAGCCAAGAGAGUGAACCACCAGGCCUUGCCCUCACAUGCUAGUCAAAGCAGCAGCAGCAGUCAUCGGACCACGGCGUCAACUGUCUCCCCGCAGUCGUCGCAAUCGUCUGCUGCCUCGGUCCCGAUGAGAUCGAUGUUUCCUCAGUUCGAUCCAAAACUACCUUUCAAUCAGCAGGUAUAUCAUCCACAGCUUCCUGAUGUCCCACGGCCCGUCAAGUCUUCUCGGAAGCCUCCAAAGCUUACGCUGUCAACAAAUACCGAGAUUGAUCAUGUUCUCGGGCCAAAGACUGUGCCUGCGAGUGUCCUCAACUUCCCGACUGGAGCUUUGGAGUCCGAGGAGGUCACAUACUCAUCUAUGGAGGAACUGAAGAUGCUAUGGGAAACGGCCAACGGCCAGAGACCGCGAGAUCUUGUUGGAACAUUGAACCUACGCAUGACAAAAACGGGGCCAGCUACAUUCACUCUCGGAAACUCCCAUAACCCGUUCUACACCCUACAAACAUAUUCAACCAACGAACUCGCCCUAAGCAGAUGCGAUCCCUCCAGACCAAAUCACGACGUCCCAAUUAUGAUAAUGAACCUAGAAGACCGCAUACGCCGCGAGCAUCCGAAUGACGGGCUCGUGACCCUACUCUUCUCUCGACUAGCAGCCAUGUUAGCUAUAGACCAAGCUGACGAAAUCAGCAAACAACACCACCUAACCCCCGCCGAAACAGCGGAAGUUGAAACCGAUGCACUCAAACGGGCCGCAGCACAAGAGUCCUGUCGACUCUCCUGGAACCGCCAUCAACGACUAUACGAGCUACGACACCCCUAUCUAUCAAAGCACAACCCGCCCGCUCUUGUCGGCACUGCCGGAAUCCCACUCUCGCCUGUGCGAUCCCAAUCUUCAGGAAUGGUGCACAUCACAGUCUCUGCUCCGUCGAGCGACGCUUCUCCUCGCCAGCCGCCAACAAUCAUUGCAACUGGCCCCGUCUCUUCCACGACAAUGGAAGCUGCCCAGCAAGCUGCUAACCUACGCACGUCCGUACUUCCCGUCAUGGACUUUGACGAGCCGCUUGCAUCCUUGGACUUCGCUACGAAAACAUUUUCAAUUUCCCCGGCCGCGGUGAUCGCUACGAUUCCCUCUCUAUACGCUAUCGACUCUCUCAUCGCUGCAAUGCUAGCAGUCGCCGUCUCAGACGAAGCCACGAACCCGAUCCUUGCAGACAUGGUUCUCGGAUCGCCGGAGUCGUCUAGACCACCAACUUCCCACAAUCCCGGGCCUUACUCAAUGCCUGUCUUCCAGGGUAAAUUGGUGACGACGGUUGCUGAGCGCCAAGACGCAGCAGACAGCAUGAACUUGGCAUCGCAGAUUAAAUCUGCGCAGAAGAAGUCUAAAGAGGCCUCGGGGAAGAAAAGUGGGUUCAAGUUCUGGAAUAGGUCCCCUUCCAAGCCGCAGGAAAACAGUCGGCGCUCGAAGAAGAACAAAAAUAAGCAGAUUGUGGUUGAGGAAUUUGAUUUGGAGAAGUAUGGUCGAUACGGAAAUAGUUCCUCACGGGAGGGGGAGAAGUUACCUGGGAUUACUCGCACUAUCUUACGUAUACUGUUCUUUGGCUUGGAUUUGAUUGUGAAGGGAUUGACGCUUAUUGUGAAAGUCUUGGCUUGGUUGUUGGUCAAUUCGACGCGGUGUGUGACCAGUGAGAAGUUCUGA